CUCCCAUUGGCUGUCUGAGACGACAGUCACAUCGAUUGGCAGCACCUGACAAGUCUUUCUCCCGCAUGGUGGCGACAGAAACUCUAGCAGAUGUCACUGAUGUGGAGUGUGAAGGUUGUUGGCCUGGGAGUGGUGGCCCUCUCUCUCAGUCUGGAGCUGCUUGGCUGGGUCUUUGGUCGCUGCAGGCGCAGAAGAACCCUCAACAAGGUCCUCUUCUUCCCCUCAAAGGUGUCUUGUGUGGAGCACCUGUUUAGCGAAAAUUCUGCUUGCUCAUGUUUCUGUCCACUGCCACACGGUGUAGAGACGUCUUUCUCUUGUCUCCUCCGCCACAUCCUCUCUGCCUCCUCCUCACUGGACCUGUGUGUUUUUUCUUUUUCAAACAUGGAUAUGAGCAGAGCCGUGCUCCUGUUACACAGCAAGGGCGUAACUAUCCGAGUCCUUAGUGACAAGGACUAUUCUGCCAUCACAGGUUCACAAAUAGGAGUUCUUCGCAAGGCUGGCGUCUGCGUGCGAUGUGACGCUGGCUCUGUGCACAUGCACCACAAGUUUGCAGUGGUGGAUGGCCGCCUGCUCAUCACCGGCUCCCUCAACUGGACGCUGACAGCAGUGCAGAGCAACAUGGAGAACAUCAUCAUCACGGAGGAGGCAAAGUUGGUUCAACCCUUCAUCAAGGAGUUCAACCAGAUAUGGGCGCUUAAUGAUCCAGCCCUAUCCUAUAAGCGCUAAUAAGUGAUUAGCCGUGAUGUUUCACUGACAGAUGGAGAUGUGUGAGCAAAAUUUGUUUAUUCAGCUUACCCUGUAGAUCUUUUCUUGGUGUGUUUACUUUUAAGUUCACUGAGUCAAGUUCAUUUUAACUCGGUCAAGUUAAAAUGAUUUUGAGAAACUCUGAAGGGAAUUAGACUCAUUCAGUCAGCAUUUACUUUACAGUUUGUUGUGGAUUGUUUUAGUAUUUUUUUUUUUUUGUUGUCGCUGAAAAACAAUUCAGUUUAGGUAUUAACCAAUGGACUAGUUUACAGAUGGUGUUCCAGUAUUCUAAAACAAUGUUUUCACCAAUAAACUGAAUCCCUAUUGUUUCAAUAUAGAUAAAUAUAUGCUGUUGAUUUAACUACAAUUUUUUUUAUACUUUUAUACCAUGUCACACGUUUAAUUUUUUCUUAGCUCUUGGAUCUGACAAUCUAAGAGCUGAGGUUUUUUAUGUGAUAGCAUUCUGCUGUAUAUUUAAUACAACUGUGGAUACUAGUUGGUUUAUUGUUUUUAUGGAAACCUUCAUAUAUGUUCAGCACUGAGUUGCGCUGGCUGUAAAAAAUGUACGUUUAUUGUGUUUUGACUGGAGGCUCGGUGCAGCAGUCUUGCAUCAUUUUUCUACCAGGUGCAGUUGAUUUUUUUGCUGUCGCUGUAACGUGUUUUAUGUUGUUCCGAAUUGUUUGUGUGCACCAUUGCUCGUGGAUUUUCAAUGUGUAGAGGGGACCUUGUUUAAACAUGAAACAUUUGACUUUUCCUGA